AUGCAGGGGCUCAGCAACCCGCUUGUGAAUACUCAUGGGUUACCACUUUACCGACUCCAGACCAUAUUACGGGGAUUAAAGAAACUACAGGGAACUCCGGUAAAACCUAGACUCCCCAUAACUUUCAACAUAUUGUCUAAGUUAUGCUCAGCAUUUCGACAGGGUGUUUUCGAUCCUGCCACAGACACUACUAUGGAGGCUGCCUGCUGUGUGGCCUUCUUCGCAUUCUUACGGUGCGGAGAAUUCACAUGCACCACUAACACAUUUGAUUCUUCAAUUCACUUGUGUAUCAGCGACAUUCAGGUAGCACCAGACAGUAACAGCAUGACAUUGCGCCUCAAGGCGUCCAAAACCGACCCCUUUCGUCAAGGAGUCACCAUUCACCUGUUCCGCACCCAUCACCAUGUAUGUGCUGUAGCCGCUGUCAUCAGAAUGUUAACAGAAAGAUUCAUGAAUGGUUGUCGUCCUUCGGACCCCCUAUUUUCCAUUCAUUCUGCUGCCUUGACUCGACAUGUUUUCAUUGACAAACUAAGACAGACCUUGAUCCGACUAGGUCUAAAUCAUUCACUAUACACAGGACAUUCCUUCAGAAUAGGAGCCGCAACUACUGCCGCCCAGUCAGAUGUCCCCGAUCACCUCAUCAAAGUGCUUGGACGCUGGCAAUCGGAUAGCUACUGUCGAUACAUCCGUACCCCUCAUCAUAUUCUCCGGAAAGCUCAAGCAGAAAUGUGCAAGAUUUCACCUGAUACUUAG